CUGGCUAAAAGUCUAUACGUAGCAGGCCCUGUUAAGUUCAAUGUCAAGUUUCUGGCCUCAGGGUACACUGUAUCAGCUGUCUGAGCAGUCUCAUCGCUCAAUAUACAAUAAGCCAAUAGGCCAUCGCUCGCCUCGAAAACCGGGGAACUCAGAAGUGAAAACCAUGGUGGAGUUUGCCUUUGACCUCAAGCCGUUCUUCCCACAGGAUGCGAUCAUUCGCAUUCAGCCCCAUCAUCUGCGUCCCGCAGGAUCUGGCUGCAAGCUAAGCCAGAUCCUCAACUCGAUGGGACAAUUCUCGGCCUUUGCCCAGGGCCUGCGCCAGCCGGUGACCGUGGCCGGAAAGCUGUCCGGCGAUCAAAUGGUUUACCUAAUAGCCGACAAGGAUUCUGGUUGCUUGGCCGUCACCGGGUUGCUCAAGGUGGGCACCAAAAACCUCUUCCUUUAUAAUGAAAAGGGCGUCAUCCAGCGCUGUGAUCGCACCCCAGCCAUCUUGGACUUUUAUGUCCACGAGACUCGCCAGCGCCGUGGCCAGGGCAAGCGGCUCUUCGAUCGCAUGCUGGCCGAUCAGGGCUGGAAGGCAUUCCAGUGCUCGGUGGACAGGCCCUCGCCAAAUAUGAGAGCAUUCCUGGGCAAGCACUAUGGCUUGGUGCGCACCAUACCGCAGGUCAACAAUUUCGUACUCUACGAGGGCUUCUUCGACGAUCAGGUAACACCGUUUCCUGGGCGAGUCCGUGAUGUGUUCCAAGGCAGAAACGGCACCAACCAACCAAUACUCAAUACCCAAAACAAGGACAUAUACAAGCAUGGAAAUGCACGAGGCCAGAUGCUAAAGCAGAAUCAGAAUGGAAAGCUUCAGGUUGUUCCGGCUUCAACAAUAUUUGUGAAUGCUCCGCGUACCUCCACCGUGGCCGAUAUCCUGGGCGUUGGCGAGCGUAUUAAUAAUCGUUCUUCCAAAAAUCAGAAAUAUUCCUAAAUUUAUUAGUGACGCCCGGCAAUUGUUGGCCGUCAUCAGCCAUGUUGAAAGCUUUCACUCUAAUUAUUGAUGUUUAAAUCUUUAAAAAUUUUUAUAUUGAAAUUGUUAAUAAAUGCAAGAUUUUGUGGAUAUAUCCCUAA